UCGCUUGCGCGUAGGGGUCUUUAGCAGUGGGAGGAAACCGGAGCACCCGGAGAAAACCCACGAGGUUGGACAGGCGACCCUACUCCUUGUCACGUACAACCGGGGAUUGGAAACCACGCCAAUUGACUCAAUGACAGGCCUUAUGAUACAGCACGCACGUGCUAACCAUUCGACCAUCCAACCCCCCCUUACCUAGUAAAGAGGGUACUCUUUAAAAGUAGAGAGAGAGAAAUGGGGUUUAACGUCCAAUCGACACAAACUAGGUCAUUUCGGGACUAUGGCUUCGACCCUUAGCUUGUAUAUGAUAAGGAGAAGGGGUUGUGACAAAGGAUCUAACCCAUGUGCUUUAGAUCAUAAGAUCUGGUAUAUGGGGAAAAGAGACGACGUUUCGAUUAGAUUCGAUUCCUAACUUGUACGUGACACGGAGUAUGGUCGUCUGUCUUAACUCGUGGGUUUUCUCCCGGUCCUUCGGUUUGACCCCACUGCUUAAGACAACUAUGGGUCAUUCCAUGUCAAGUCGGUCAAUUUUCAGAAACUUGGGUAAUCGACCCUCUCGGAAAGAUCUGAAAAAAUAUAUGUUAUUGUACAUUCAAAAACUACAAACUGCAAAAUUUGUGGUCUGUAGCUUAAAAAUUGGCUGAAUGGACGUUAACCCCUUCUCUACCUGUCUCGGUUUCUCUCUCUCUCUUUCUCUCUCUCCCUUGCUCUCUCUCUCUCUCUCUAAUUGUUAUUAUGUGAAUUAACCCCUUCUCUACCUGUCUUGGUCUCUCUCUCUCUCUCUCUCUCUCUCUCUCGACAACAUGUCUCUUUAACUUAUAACGCCACUGUCGUGAAUGACGGAUGUUGACAUGAUUAUCGUAUCAACGAGUACCGAGAAAGAGAUGAUAUCAUUCCAUUCACAACAGGACAUAUACUUUUACUGUAGGACAGCUGGGAUCCUUAUAUCGGCUAUGUUAUGUUUCUUACCGAAAAUAUCAAAAUACAGGGGAAAUUUAUGUGAAACCAUAGACGAAAACUUCGUCGUAAAUAACAUAUGUGAAUGAUACCAACGUGUUUGUAGAAAGAGCCACGCUUAUAGCGGAAGUAUUUAUUGAAGACCUUAUGAUAUGUACAACGUUUUGUAGAAAGAAUCAACCGUGAAAAGACAGUGUAAAAAACUUCGACGUAAAGAACGCGUGAAUGAAUCAACGUAUUAAAGAAAAAUAAUUUCAAAAUUAGAGACCAGAUUUGUUGAAGGAUUGUUUAGGUGUGAUGACUAGACUUGACUUGGUUAACUUAUCAACAUAACUGAGUUUAGAUAACUGGCCAUGUGACGUCACAGACAAGUACAGGUUGCGUAACAGAUAGGAGAAACUUGAAAUAAUAUGAAGAAAAUUACAAAGUGCCUGGAUGAUAUAUUAACCUCAUAAUUGUCAUGGAUAUGAGCGAAAAAAAUGAAUGACGUCAUCAUAUCGACUUCAGUUGUUUAUUUAAUACUUUGGUGUAAUAUUAUAGUGUUUGGUUGCCCUGACAACUGUGAUUGUUCACAGACAGGUCAUAGUGGACGAAUUCUUGUUAAUUGUACAGAUAAAAAAUUAACUACAUUCCCAACUAGUCUUCCCAACGAUACAGAACAAAUAGUUUUUGUUAAUAACCCGGAUCUGGCUUGGCCUUCACGUGUGAUUAAUGAUUCAUCAUGGAGUAUUGUGACGUCAAUGGUUUUUGAAAACAAUCGUCCAUUGAGGAACUUGACAAUCGAGAAUAUAUCUUGGUUAACCAGACUGAAAUCGCUCACUAUUCGCAGAUCUCAAUUAGUGUGGAUAGAGGAUUCUUUAUUUGGAUCGUUACCCAAUCUGGAACAUAUCGACUUAAGUAUUAAUCCAGGAUUAGAAUAUGACGUCAUUUUUGGCGCUUUUAAUAGUUCAAACAUGUAUCUAGAAAACCUGAACAUAAGUAUGUGCAAUAAUUUACCGAAACAAACAAUAUUACAACAAAAGCACCUGCAAAAACUGUCUCGAACGCCUAUAAAGGUUCUAGACAUGACAGCAACCAACCUUUUUGACAUCACUAAACCGGGACUAAGUUAUUUUCUACCCGAAAUAGAGGUGCUAAAUAUUUCCCACAAUCACUUGAAGAUUGAAUAUCGAAUAUUAUGCGACAUUGCCAACUUGAAGAAGUUAGAAAUUUUCGACAUUAGUUUCUGGAACACGCCGGAUUUAUUCUACAGGGUUGAAAGGUCAGCGGAAGUGACGUCUAGCAAUGUUAGCGGUGUGGAUUUAAAAAAUAAGCGGUGUGGAUUAAAAUGUUUUCCGCUGGCGGAGUCUCUUCGUCUUUUCUACUUUCACCAUAUCCGAUGGUCGUCGGCCGAUUCGCCCUCUAUUUCAAAAUGUAUAAGUAAAAACAGUAUGACGAAAGUCUGGCUGAAUAACAAUAAUUAUCGGAUAUUUAACGGGAGUAUCCGAGGUGGGGACCAGUUAUUGUUGAUGGAUAUGUCUCAGAAUAACAUCGAGUAUUACUCACCAGAAAUGUCCUUUUACGAACCGCUCCUGCAAGUAUUGGAUUUAAGUGACAACCAGCUACACAAAACCGAGGAUGAUCCCACUUUUACUGAUUUGGUCCAUACGAAUAAAUAUAUGCAGUAUGUGGAUUUAUCAAACAAUAGCCUCUCCACGCUUCCGUACAACAUCUUCAGUCACAGCCAACAAUUCGUAUUUGUUAAUCUGUCUCAAAAUUUACUCUGUAGCAAAUUAAAUUUAAACAUUACGUCUCCUUGGUUGCGAUUAGUGGAUCUUUCUCACAAUAAAAUAUCGUAUUUAAACGAAGAGUUACGAACUACUUUCGACAAAGUUGCGUCCUCCGCUUCAAGUGCUAGACCACCGCGGAGAUUUAAUGUCUCCGACGAAAUUCCCCCAGUUGAUUGGUCAACUUUAACCCUUGACCUAUCUGAUAAUCCGUUCCAGUGUGCCUGUGCUUUCGUCGAUUUCUUGCUCUGGAUGAAAAAUACUCAAGUGACUUUGCAUAAUGUCGAAAAUUACGAGUGUGAGUUCAAGGGGAAAAUGACGAGAAUAUCCGAAUUGAGUGUUAGUGACAUCCGACGAUUAUGUGACAUGGAACUCAAUAAUGUGCUAUUCGCUGUUCUUGUUGUGCCGUUUGUUAUUAUCAUUUUAGCCGUUUCAUAUUUUAUCGUCAGAAAAUUUCGAAGAUCAAAAGUCAGCCAAAUAGUUUGCCAAUACAAAAGCAGUGAACAACCCAAAUACGUUGCCUUUGUGUGUUAUAGCCACCACGACAGUGAAUUUGUCUUAAGUGAUCUGAGACCGGAGUUGGAAGGCCGACUAGCCAAAGAUUUAUCACGGUCCGACGGGCUUUUAUGCAUCAACGAUCGCGAUUUUUGCAUCGGAGAACCGAUCGAAGAUGCAAUCGUUCGAAGUGUUCUUGCUAGUUCAAUGGUCAUUUUGAUUGUCUCUGAAAAGUUUUUGGACAGCCAAUGGUGUAAAUUUGAAACCAAUGUUGCCUGGACAGAGAAAAAACCCAUCCUCAUGAUAUUUAGACAAAAAAUAGAAACGGACAGACUUCCACAUUUGUUGAAGAAUAUAUACAACAAGCACGUGCGUUUAUUGUGGCUAGGUGAAAGGUCAAAUUUGAUUGACACGCUUUAUAAGUCUAUGAUAAAUCAACUUUAAAUAUCAUUUUAUUAUUUUAAAUAUUCUUCAAAUUCAAAAUUUAAUUUCAAAAUGAAUCUGAAUCAAGCUAAUAAUUUCUUCUGAAUGCUCUACGACGCGAUUCCUAACCGUGCCCGUUUACGGUAUUACUACUACUAGCUGUGGUUACCAUUCGCUUCGCGAGGACACUGUGGCUAAUUGGGCAAGACGCUGGCUCGCUAGCCUGGAGGUCGGGUGUUCGUUCAGUGCAUUUGCCGAGAAAGUUCAUCCAGAUUUUCCGGCGUAGUUCCCCCUUGUCAGUGAUGCAGGACGGAGGGCCUGACAAGGGCAGCUGUCUAGUCGUUCGGAUGGUACAUUGGCGUACAGAUAGAUCCCUUCACAGUUGGAAUUCGAUAUUUGAGUAGGCCGUAUUGCCGCUAUCCGGGCAAUAUUUCCCUCAUAGUACACUGUAUGGCGUAUGCCGGUCUUCAUUUUCCCAGUUCCGAGCAGAACAGUAGGACGACAAAUCCCAUUUCAUUUCAUUUCAUACCAUCCGAUUCGACAGUAAAUUAUUAAAAAUGCAAUAACGUCCCCCUGUUUUGCACAAUUCACGCUAAUCAAAUAUUGUUAAAAUUCAAACUUAAGAUAGUAAUAUCUUCUGAGGGCUCUUCGAUUCGACCAACCUUAUUUACGUGUAUACCGGAUCUCGGUUUCUGGCUAAGCCCCCCCCCCCCCCCGCCGUUAAGUGAUGGUUAGUGAGUCAGCGCCCGGCAAACAGUAAAAAUAGAUGCACAAAGGGAGACAAAUCCAUAUUUUAAAAAUAGCAUAUGGAUGCAGACCACCAAAUAUUUUCAUUGUGUGAAUGUUAACCUUAUCCCUUUGUCCGGCGCCAACUGUUUACGAUAUUGUUGUUGGUCUGAACGCUAUCCACACAACAUAUGACAACGCCUGUCUCCAAAACCAAAAUUUAGACAACGUUAAGUUAUCAGAACGUGGAAAUGAAUUUGUGUAACAGAACAAUAAAUGAAUAACACAAACUGUAUCAUAGAUCUUGUACAGUGAUGGAUAGCUUGGGUUGAUUGACAAUCAGAUUUUGCAAACAUGCUGUUUUUACCUGAAUAAUCAAGGACUAUUUAGUGUUGUGUACAUGUGUAGUGUUUUCUGACUACUCGAAUUUGAUAAAAACGCGUUUAUUCAGAACACAGUUUAUAUAUAAAACCAUCACUUGUUUAUACACAUAAUAUAGGACGGCGUUUCCACAAAUGUUCACUUAUUACUUUUAAAUAGCAAAGAGUAAUGAAUAUUAGAUAAAACCCUCAAAGUUUUGAAUAUUCACUAAAACCUGACAGAAAAUGUAGUUUCAAACCCUUCGAUUCUACACCAAAAAGUCAACAUAAAUCGCCAUCCAAAUGAGG